AUGGGACGUCUUUUUAAAUAUUUAUUUCUGUUCAAUGUGUUUUUAUAUUUGUCGUCAGCAAAUAACUGGCAAUUAAGUUACAUGGAAAAUAAUUUAGCAAAAUGUGUUAUACAUUUAGUUAUUGACGAAAAUAUACCAUUUACCAGAAAUGUUCGAAUAAGUGUUCAAACGGAAUCGGUUUUGUCAAAGUUCAUUGCCGGCGAUAUAAUUGAAACCGCGAGAAUGAAACAAAACAACAUAAAUAUUGUUUAUGAGCUCUUACAGGUGUCUGGUAAGACGUUUACCUAUGACAUUCACACUCGAUUAAUUAUUGUUGAUUCUUUCAAUUCAUUCAGGGAUCUUUUAAAAAUCCAGCGGAAAAAUUCUUUUGAUAUACACGGUAUUCGCCAAGAUUACAAUAUUAUUCUAACAAACUAUCAAGAAGGUACCAAUACCAUUGAAAAAAUUCUAGAAUUAUGUCUUCAGAGCUAUAUUGUCAAUGUUAAUGUCCUUGUGGAAGAUUCUGAGGGACUUAUAACUAUUUACACAUAUUUUCCUUUUACCGAAGUCAGCUGCCGAAAAAGUACACCAAUUGUCUACAAUCGUUUUGUUGAAGGAAAGUUCCAAUGGAAUCGACCAGUAUUUCCAGAAAAGACUAAAAAUUUGUGGUUGUGUCCUGUGAAAGCAGUCCUUUGGCACAAACCACCCUUUGUUUUUCUUGAAAGUGAUAAAGAAUUAUCAGGAAUUGAUGGCAAUUUUUUGAUCUUCUUAUCCAAAGCUAUGAAUUUUACACUCGACAUUUAUGAGUCUCCGGGAGGAUUAGGUGAAGUCCUUCCAAAUGGAACAAUGAGAGGAGCUUUCAAGAUUUUGCAAGAUGGUGAAGGUGAUUUAACAGUUGGAGGAACAAUAUGCUCAAAUGUUAGAAGAUCAUAUUUAGCAUGUACAAGAAGCUAUUACACCACAGCUGUUGAAAUGAUUGUCAAGAAACCAGAUCCUUAUAGUUCGCUAGAAAUUCUUCUGUUUCCAUUUGAUUCGCAAAUGUGGUUAACAUUUUUUCUAUUUUUCGUCAUAAAUCUAACAAUUCGAAGUUUGAGGAAGAAGAUUACGAAUUCCUUCGGACGCAGAAAAAUCUAUUCCGCAAGAUUACAAGUUAUUUCAUGGCUUUUGAGCAUAUUCAUCAUUCGAAGCUCUUAUGAAGGUUCAAUAUUUAAAUUUCUUCAUAAUCAACCGAUACGAAGAGCUCCUCAAAGCUUCGAAGAAGCCUUACAAGACGGUUACAAAUUUGUAGCGAAAUCAACUUAUUUUCCAUUUAUUAAACACAUCCCAAAUUUAGUGGAUAAAUUAAUACUUACCGAAGUUUCUUUAUCGAAACUAUUCGAUGAAUUUGACAAAUAUAAUGGAAAAUAUGGAUUUAUCAAUUUGGAUAAUUAUCUCACAGUAAUUGCAAAUGAUUCAACAAGAUAUCAACACUAUGCACAAGUUAGAGAGCCAAUAUUACACCAUAUUGUAUGUGUUUAUUUGCCAAAAUUUUCAUUUUUUACCAAAGAAUUGAAUAAUCAAAUACAAAUGAUGAUUAAUCAUGGUCAUAUGGAUAAAAUCUAUGAUAUUUCGGUAACGGAUAAAUUGAGGAAAAUCAAAGCAAUGCAUGGAAGUAUUGUUCACACAAUACCUGGAAAUUUUGGCAGGGAAAAUUAA